AUGGGUUCCAUUUCACCUCCCGUUUCGCCUUACCGCCUGGAUGACAAGGUCGCGCUCGUCACCGGUUCCGGUCGUGGUAUUGGUGCAGCUAUGGCCCUUCAGCUGGCACGGUCUGGUGCUAAGGUCGUCAUCAACUACGCAAAGUCAGCAGAGUCGGCCAACAAAGUGGUGCAGGAAAUUAAGAGUCUCGGAUCUGAUGCCAUUGCCAUUCAAGCCGACGUGAGCAAAGUGCCCCAGACGGUUCGCCUUUUCGAAGAGGCUAUUGCGCACUUUGGCAAACUGAACAUUGUCUGCUCGAACUCGGGCGUAGUUUCGUUCGGCCAUCUUGAUGAGGAGGAGUUUGACCGAGUCUUCAACAUCAACACGCGAGGCCAGUUUUUCGUUGCACAGCAGGCCUACAAGCAUGUUUCUGAAGGCGGACGUAUCAUCCUCAUGAGCUCUAACACGGCGGUUUCCUUCUCGGUACCCCGACAUGCGGUGUACUCGGCGUCCAAAGCCGCUAUCAACGCCGCCGUGCGUGUUCUUUCUAAGGACUGUGGCAAGAAGAAGAUCACUAUCAACGCCAUCGCUCCCGGCGGGACUGUGACGGACAUAGAGCUCUUGUUCUUGUUUACAAACGCAGUUGCGACAACAAAAGAGACGAGAACUGACCCAUUGAUCAAUCAGAUUGUUGCUAACGUGUCCCCGCUCAAACGCUGCGGCUAUCCAGACGACAUCGCAAAGGUCGUCGGGUUCCUUGCCUCUGAAGAGUCAGAAUGGGUCAAUGGAAAGGUUAUCGAGAUCGAUGGGGGUGCAGCUUGA